GAACAAGACAACGGAACGCGCUCAGAAUGUUAUUGUUGUUUCCGACCGAGGUUGUUUUGAGUGAGCACCUGAGAGUUGCUUCCCGCUCGGUCGUCUUGUUUUAUCUAUUCACACAUUUGCUGUAAUAAAUAUAAUGGCUGCUCCAGGUCCGAACAAAGACAACAUCCGGGCUGGCUGUAAAAAAUGUGGCUAUCCUGGCCAUUUAACAUUCGAGUGUCGGAACUUUGUCAGAGUUGACCCCCAGAAAGACAUUGUUCUGGAUGUAAGCAGCACCAGCACAGAAGAGAGUGAAGAUGAAAUGCCUACAGCUCAGCACAGUGAGAAACAGGGGCGGAGUGGACCGCAGCGAAGACGUUCUUCUUCCUCUGAUGAUGAUGGUUAUAGAAAAGCGAGGCAGAAACAAAAGAAGGAAAGACACAGAAAGUCCAGAAAGAGAUCUGCUUCAUCGAGUGAGGAGGAAACCAGGAAGAAGAGGAAGAAACAGAGCAGGUCCAGCUCCUCGUCCGAUGAGGAUGAGGAGAGUAGAGGGAGGAAAAAGAAGAAAAUGAAAGGCCACAAGAAGAAGAGCAAAAAAACCAAAAGUAAAAAGGAGCCCGGAAAAUCACGCAAGAAAAAAGAAAAGAACAGAAAAAAUAAAUCGUCAUCUUCGUCGGCUGCAUCGUCGUCAUCUUCGUCCAGCUCUAGUGAGUCAUCAGACAGUGACUGAUAUAAUUUGACGCUGGAUUUCUGACCAAAUGUUACUUUUUCAGUCUGUAGAAAAGUAUUUUGUUGGUGAUAAUAUGAUAAGGAAAUAAGAUGUGAUGAUCAUGUAUAUACUGUACAUAUACAAGUUUUCAUUUUUGAGUUACAUUGAGUCUCAAAUGUCCUUGUGUAGGGCCUCACACAUUUUCAAGACAAAUAAAAUAUUUUAAACAGAUAUCUGGGGACUGGAAAUGUGUUCAAUAUUUUUUUUUAAAAAAAGAAGAAAUAUAUAUAUUUUGAGCAGCUCAUAAAAAAGUAAAAACGUGUAACCAGUAGAGGGCAGUGCAACCUGAAACUAAAGCCGUUUUUUAAGGGCAUAAAUAUACCAUGAGUAAAAAAGAAUCCACAGAAAAUCAAUUUAAUCUCAACACGUGUUGAGGAACAUUAAGAGCGACAGUAGUCACUGUUCACAAACCAUAAAUUAACUGUAAAACGAUCGGCUGGCAAGAUGACGGUCAUAAAUCAAACGUGCUGUUAAUAAUUUACGCACACAAGAGUUUCAAAAGAGAAAUGUUUUCAAGUGUGCUUCCGCCACCUGGUGGUCAUUUUGUAAACCACAGGCCCCGCAGCUCGUGUUGACGUCGUUUUUAAAUGCUGCUGUGGAACGAAGACAGACAGAAACAUCCUCGAACGUGUUUGAAUUCCAAAUAAACCGUGGGUUGGUGGAAGCAGCUUAGUAAUAAGACUUUCUGGAAACUCUCCCCAACAGCCGAGACCUCUCACUCAAUGGUGUGAGAAAAUCAACACAGACCGUGAUGUAUGUCACGUCCUCACAGAACCAGUACACGGAACCACAAAUGUGCCAAAACUGUCAGAUUAUUGAGGGGGAAAAAAAAAAUCAAAGAUAUGCAAUUGUCCAUUAGAAUUCACU